AUGUUGGUGCCAGACAUUUCACAGCUUCAUGAUCUGGCAUCGUACGUCACCAGACUUCACACCUAUUUUUCUAAUCUUCUGCCCAUGGGUUCCCGGGACCAAUCUCCACCCUCUAAUUUCUCAUCAGAUAUUGACAAUUGGUUGCAUGUUUUUGUUCGGGAUGACUCUAUCAAGGGACCUCUUGUUUCUCCUUACAAAGGACCCUUUCGUGUGCUUUCUCGUACACCCAAAGUUUUUCCGAUUGAUAUGAAUGGUCGUACGGAAACUGUUUCUGUAGAUUGGCUUAAAAGAGCAUAUUUUGAGGUGUCCAAAUCUUUUGAUGAUACCGCUGCCACGCCCACCUUUGAACCUACACAUGCACCUUUGCCAACAUCAUCACCUACACAUGCAUCUUUGACAACACCAUCACCUACACAUGCACCUUUGACAACACCAGCACCUACAAUACCAACUUCAUCGUCACAAUCUGCCUUGAGCAGACCCUAUGUAACCAGGACUGGCCAAACUGAUCGCUGGCCCAAGAAACUUGUAAAGACUAUUUACAUUUGA